GAAAAUUUUAUCGUCUGUAACACCACCAUGCUCAUUAUGGGUACAGGUGUUGGGUCUGCAGCGACUCUGCUUCUUGUGUGUAUAGCCAUGAUGAUGGAUGUCUCUCAAUCAGGAGCUCCUGACAACAGAGGAACGUUGUUUAUUGUUGCAUUUGGAGAAAACAGUGGCAAAUCAUUGGAUACAGAACUUUUUGUGACCACUUCUCGUACCACAACGGUAAAUGUAAAAGUGACAGCACCGCUCUAUACCGCACAAUCCAUUAAUGAGCAAUUUACGGUCACUUCUGGAUACGUUAAACAGCUGGCUUUGGAUAAUGAUUUGAGAAUGAUUGGAACAUCAAAAAGUUUUAAAGGUGUUCAAAUAUCAGCGGAUGAUGAUGUUAUUGUUUACGGAGUAAACAAGGAAUACUAUUCUUGCGAUGCUUAUCUGGCACUCCCGAUUGACGUACUUGGUGACGAUUACUACACGGUUUCUUGGUACCCAUCAUCAUAUCAUUGCCAGAUUGACAUCAUUGGUGUUGAAGAUAGUACCACAGUUAAAGUGAAGAUCUCAUCCCACAUUGCUAACGACAAAGUAACAUUCAAUGGUCAGUCGUAUUACAGCGGUGAUACACUCACAACAAGUCUGCAGAAAUAUGAAGUUCUUCAGUUACAAUCAUACGGCGAUUUGUCUGGAAGUAGAAUUCAGUCUAACAAACCGGUUGGAGUGCUUGGUGGAAAUCAGAGAACAAGUAUUGGUUCUGGAGGGUCCUCUGAUCACAUUGUAGAAAUGUUACCACAUGUAGGUACAUGGGGCAAAACAUUUGUCACUUGUCCAAUUCCUUUAAGAACAACUGGAGACUAUUUCAAAUUCAUUGCUAGUGAAGAUAAUACACAAGUGACAAUUUCCGGAGGUUACAGUUCUUCAUUUACCAUCGCAAAUAGUGGAAAAUUUGUACAAAGGACAAUCCCAUCUGGAGUAUACACCAAGGUCGUUGCAAAUAAACCAAUCACUGUAUAUCAAUUCUGCUUGAGUGAACAAUCGAGCAACGAAGAAUCUGACCCAAUGUUGAUGUUGAUACCUCCAAUGGAACAAUAUGGAGCAGAUUACACCUUCAGCACACCCAAAUAUUCAUACGGGUCAUACAGCAGCAAAUUUAUGUUUAUCGUCAAAGAGAGUGAAAAAGCUGGUUUACUGCACAAUGGUGUUGCAUUUCCCGGCUCAACUAUAUAUCACAGUAUAGCAGGAACAGAUUAUGUAGCCGGCUACAUCGCCAUCCCAGAAGGUUCUCAUGUUGUAAGACAUAGUUCACCUAUUUCUAUUUUUGGUGGCUACCUUUAUGGGCAGGCCAAGUAUGAAACAUACGGCUUUCCAACUGGUAUGAGGAUGGCACCAAUCAACGAAAUUUGUGUACCAAGUGCAACAGUUGUUGGGGAUGGUAUAGAUAACGAUUGUGACGGAUUGAUUGAUGAAGAGUUGUGUACAACUGAGAAUCAAGGUCGAGAUGAUGACGGGGACGGAGUAGCUGAGGAAGAUUGUGCAACACCAUCACCAAUUAAUGGAAACUGGGCAACCUGGGCUUCAUAUGGAAGCUGCUCAAUCUCGUGUACUGCGUCUGGUUCGUCUGCAUCAGGAACGAAAACCAGAGUAAGAACAUGUUCAGAUCCAACUCCAAAAUAUGAUGGAACUCAAUGCACUGGUGAUAGUAGUCAGAGUGCUUCUUGUACCAGCUCAAGCUACUGUCCAAUAAAUGGAGGAUGGAACAACUGGGGAUCAUGGGGAUCUUGUUCUGUCACCUGUGCAAGUGGAACACAAACAAAGACGAGGGCAUGUAAUAACCCAUCUGCAGCUCACGGUGGUGCUGAUUGUAGUGGUGGUACAACGACGACUAAAGCCUGCACACUGAGCGCUUGUCCAAUUAAUGGAGGAUAUACUUCAUGGACAUCAUGGGGCACGUGCAGUAAUACAUGCGGUGGCGGAACUCAGGGUAGAACUAGAAGUUGUUCGAAUCCUUCUCCUCAACAUGGUGGUGCAACAUGUUCAGGAUCAGCAUCAGACUCACAAAGCUGCAACACGCAUAAUUGUCCAAUUAAUGGUGGGUAUACAUCCUGGACAUCAUGGGGUACGUGUAGUGUAACAUGUGCAGGAGGAACUCAAGGAAGAACCAGAAGUUGUACAAAUCCUGCUCCACAAUACAAUGGCCUAUCAUGUUCUGGAGCAUCCUCAGACACACAAAGCUGCAACACUCUUAACUGUCCAAUAAAUGGUGGAUAUACCUCCUGGACAUCAUGGGCUACGUGUAGUGUAACAUGUGCAGGAGGAAGUCAAGGAAGAACCAGAAGUUGUACAAAUCCUGCACCACAAUAUAAUGGUCUAUCAUGUUCUGGAGCAGCAUCAGACUCACAAAGCUGCAACACGCAUAAUUGUCCAAUUAAUGGUGGGUAUACAUCCUGGACAUCAUGGGGUACGUGUAGUGUAACAUGUGCAGGAGGAAGUCAAGGAAGAACCAGAAGUUGUACAAAUCCUGCUCCACAAUACAAUGGCCUAUCAUGUUCUGGAGCAUCCUCAGACACACAAAGCUGCAACACUCUUAACUGUCCAAUAAAUGGUGGAUAUACCUCCUGGACAUCAUGGGCUACGUGUAGUGUAACGUGUGGUGGUGGAACCCAAGGAAGAACCAGAAGUUGUACAAAUCCUGCACCACAAUAUAAUGGUCUAUCAUGUUCUGGAGCAGCCUCAGACUCACAAAGCUGUAACACUCAUAAUUGCCCAAUUAAUGGUGGAUACACAUCAUGGUCCAGCUGGGACACUUGUACUGUUACAUGUGGUGGUGGCACUCAGGACCGAACCAGAUCCUGUACCAAUCCUGCACCACAAUAUGGUGGACUACAAUGUUCAGGAGCUGCAUCAAGUCAACAGUCCUGCAACACACAUCAUUGUCCAAUUGACGGUGUGUGGACCAGUUGGAGUGGUUGGGGAACAUGUACCGUAACAUGUGGUGGUGGGAGUCAAGACAGGACUAGGUCUUGCACAAACCCAGCUCCCCAGUAUGGCGGUGCUAACUGUGUUGGUGUCACGUCAGAAACACAGGGCUGUAAUUCACAAUUAUGCAUAAUUGAUGGAGCUUGGUCAACUUGGGGUUCCUGGGGAGGCUGUUCAACAACCUGUGGUGGUGGUAAAUACUCGAGAGCAAGGACCUGCUCUGACCCUAGACCACAGAAUGGCGGAUUAGCUUGCAGUGGUGAUUCAAGUGAAUUUGGUGAUUGUAAUACUAAUGCGUGUCCAGUUGCGUCUUCUGGACAAUACGUUCAGCUAUGUCCAAGUGGUUGGUUUACCUGCCAAGGAGGUAGUGUAUCGUGUAUUGACGAAGCGUUUGUUUGUGAUUGUGAAAAAGAUUGUGACGAUGGAAGUGAUGAGACUACAUCAUAUGCUACCUGUGAUGCUAAUGUGUUAGCAACGUGUCCAAGUUCUGCGCAUAUGACCGCAUCUUUCCCGUUGACGACUCUACUGCUAACUGUUGUUUCAAUUGUUACGGCAUGGUGUGUGUUGAAGAUUUAAAUAGACAGUUAGUCAACUGACCAUUCAUACACAGCGCAAAUGCAAGCAAUCAUUGUUGUAUAUAAACUUUAUCAAUUUCAUUAUAAUUCCAUAGCAAAAACAUCAUUUCGUUUAUCAUUUAAUUCUUGCUGUUCAUGUUGUUAUAUUCGUUUCAUCAGUAUUAAUUUUUAAGCGUUUAUAAGUGUGGUUGGCAAUUUAUUUUCAUAGUGUC